AUGACGACUGGUGAAUUGCUUGACUUUUCCAUCCAUCUAUGCCAAAGCAAGUYUGGCAGUCMAUUGUACUACGGUGUUGGCCUUUGGCACAAAACCAUCUCUAAACUAGAACCCAAUGCUCUGUGUCAGGAUGAUUUACCGUGUGGGCCUGAGUAUGCACCUAUAGACCAUGACUCCAUAGAUCAUAUACACCUCGAUAUGAUGCCCUGCUCUAAUGCAGCUUGUUCAUCGAUGUCACCGCAGCAAAGUAGUUACCCUGGUCAUACGUACACGGUCGAGAUUUAUGAAAGAUCUGCAAUAAUCAACCUGCAUAGUAUGAAGGCUAUCUCACGUAUUACGGUAAUGUUUAACGAAACGUCUUCAAACGUUACCUACACAAUUAGCCUGAGUAACGAUGGUUGGAACUGGAAUCCUGCGAUGCAUGAUGGGAAGGUGCUAUCUAUGACUAUAAAUCCUUACAAACUAAACAGCUGUGUAACCAAGAAAUUAGUCGGGAAGUUUGUCAAGAUUACUUUCAACACUGAUUCCGCUCUGUUCAGACUAAAUGCAAGCAUCGACGUGUUCGUAUCAGGUUCACCAGGUACAAACACUUCGCAUAUAGCAUCAACCAAGCCGUCGACAUUACAUUUUCAAGGCUGCUAUGCUAUCAAUGAUUACAUGUAUGGGGAAAACCAUGCAUUGAGUGGUCUACCAAUGAACCAAGCAGUUAACUUAGACCAAUGCCUCAAACGUUGUGCUCUACUUCAGGGGUACAUGUCGGCGUUUGUCAUCAACUCUGUUACGUGUGUUUGCAACAAGCUCAACGCGAAAAAUUUCAACUCUCCUCUUCCACUGUCCAGUUGUAACUCGCUCUCYGGAAACACAAGAAUAGGCAGUGUCUACACGGUUUUUCAACGCUUAAAACCAACAGUGAUAAUACCAGAAAAGAUUAACCUUACUGACGUGUUUGUGAUUAGACUGACGUCCAAUUCAACCAAUCAGGGAAAGGUUACGAUUGCUUAUAAUCUUGGUGAUGGGUAUUUUGGAGAGACGUGCUCUGGUGGAGUUUCAUAUAGAUACAAGUAUACUGGAAUCUUUAACGUCACUGUACAUGUCUCCAAUCAUUUUAACGACUAUUCAAUGAUAUCAAGUCYAUUAACUGUAGAAGAUAUUCCUCUGAAGUACAGGCUGACUUGCCCUUCACAUGCAGCACUGGGUCUGAAUAUGACAUGUCACGUGACUAUGACGCGAGGCAGUAACAUGUCWCUUAUGGUGGACUAUGACGAUGAAAUACUGACUCAUAGCUUACCAGACGUGAACUACUAUGAACUUGGUGAAGAUCCUCACAGCAACACCAUAGAUACAGCGACCCCUAUAGAGGGAKGUCUAGUAUUUGGAGGAUAUCCCAUCACAGCAGAUGGAGAACUUUUGGGUGUUGAACUGAACCUCGCCAAGGCUGGAGGGAUGCGUUUUAUGAUUAUUCGUAAAGAGCAGACUACUCCCUCGACGCAAUGUCCAACUUCUACUACAAACAAGAUAAAGUGUCCGUCAGCACAAUUGUUUUCCCUGUACAAUGGUACGUGCACGUCAUCUAUGUACGAAUUGGAUUUAAGUGAUUACAAAUAUGUACACGAUAUUGUAAUCAGCCGGCAUUUACCAAAAGGAUAUCAGUAUAUUCCUCUYGGUGUGAACUUCAGUGGAAUAUUUGUUAAGAAGGGAGAUGUGAUCGUUAUGGAUCAAACARAACUUACAGGAACAGUUGCAACGCUGAAUGAAUCAAGURAUUUUAGAACAAUUUCUAUUUAUCCAUCCAUUAAAGAUGCCGUUMUUGACGAACCAUUUAAAUUCAAUGYCUCCCAGCCCAAGACCAAACUGARACUUGCAGUACAGUUUUUACUGUCUGAACAAAUAAACCACCAGGUUGUCUACUCGUUCUCKAAUCCAGGAUCUAAAGAGAUUAAAUCAAACAUGACAGGAAAUCAUGCAGAGAAUGUAGAAUCUGAAGUCAAGGUGAAAGUCAUUGAAAGAAUAAACAAGGUCAACAUUACUAUCCCAGGAACCAGCCUUUUAGGAACACCAACAAAUGUUCAAAUCCAAGCAUCUGGAGCGCCUUGGCGAGGACGUAUUGAUUUUGGAAGCGAAAAAAUAUUACAUUUUAGUAAUAAUCAACCAGGAACAACUCAUACCCUUCAAACCAGGCAAGUGUAUAACGUUUCUAUCGUUCUUAGAAAUGAGGUAAGCACAUGGUCCAGGCGUUUUCAGAUUGAAACUGUAAGACAAGUAGGAAUACCGGAAGUCAACUACUGUUGGAAAGGCAUCGUGCAUAAUACAUCUGUCCUUAUUGAAGCCUUGUUUAGUCAAGGGGACAGUAUGAAUGCUUCUAUUACUUURAAUGGCUCACUGAUCAAGCAGGAACUAGGAAUUACCACAGAAUACCCUAAACCAUACAGUCUCAACAGGACCUUGUCUUUUCCAGUACUUGGUGCGUUCAAUCUUACAGUGUUYGGAGAAAAUGCGCUAAGCAAUGCAACAGUGRAAUGUUUGGUUUUUGUCGAGAUACCUAUUGAAGAGUUUAACAUCACAGGACCAAAACCCAAGGCAAUCAGAACCGAUUAUACAACAAMUUUCACGUUUGCGAUUGGCAAAGGGUCAAAUGCAACUUACUCAGUGGAACUUAAUGACRCAAGUAUUCCUUAUAAUUGUAGUAAUGUACAAUGYAGUGAAGCUUAUGUGRUAUUCCMRASAAGAACCUUGGAGGCUGGGAAUUAUGUUUUGGAMAUCUGUGUGUGGAAUAAAGUGACUCCGAAGACAUGUGAUUCUCAUCAAUUCGACGCUGUUGAUCCUAUCAURAAAAUGAGGUUCRAUUAUUGCAAGCCGAAGUGUAUCAACGCUGUAGGAAAGAYCUUUCAAGCAUUUUUAUCGAUAAAGAAAGGAACAGGCGUUACUUAUGAUUGGUGGAUUGAGGGCUAUCCACGACACAAAGGACCGUUAAAAGCAGGAAUACYUUUAUACCGUGAACUGACGUGCCAUAAACCUGUGGUUUCACAAAUGAUUGCCAACUGUACCAAUAAUUUGGGUUCAGUGGUCAUGUAUUCCAACUUCACUUGUAUGCACCCUGUCAAAGAUCUCAUAUUGAAAUCAGACUCUCCUCAAGUGGUUAUGAAUGGAAUUAUCAACUUUACUCUCUCUAUGCCACCCGGCUAUCAAUCCCCAACUAAUGCUAGUUGUCUCAUUGAAUUUGGCGACCAGGAAAAACAUCACCUUGAAGACUGUGUUUUGCCUAUGAAUUUCUCACACAGAUAUUUCACCGAAGGUGACUUCCUGGUAAAAGUAAAUGUGACCAACAAAUUGUCCAGCGAGGUGCUAAACACUACAGCAAAAAUCCAGAAGCCAAUAGAAGUCAUUAUUUUGAAAAUAGAACGUUCGAAGUGUGAUCCAAUGUUCGGCCGACUUCCUGGUGGAAAGUCUCACAACAUGGUGCCUUUGGAAUGUCCUUUUCAUUUGAAAAUUGUCCGUAUGGAUGGAUCACGACCAAACCUACGAUGGAGACCAGGAAAUGGGACUGAAAUUCUAACUAGCAAUAAAGUUAUGACAAUGCAGCACUCGUGUGAGAAGGAAGGAGAGUACAAUUUUACACUGGAGGCAUUUAAUGAUGUUUCAUCUUUAUCAAGUUUUCUGAUAUAUGAAUGCAGGCCAAGCAUUAAGUGUAGGAUUCACGAGAACUCGCCUUAUCUUACGAAGCGACCUGUUCAAAUGACCGUUGAAGUAAUCAACCACGACUUUCUCACAACUGUGGAAGUGACAUUUGGUGAUGGGAAAUCUGUUGUUCUUGGUACAAACGAAAUGCAAAAGGACUUUCCUGGUAACAAUUACAAGUUGGUAAGYCCAUUUAMAGGAAAUAUUAGCGUAGUGCAUACCUUCGUGAAUCGUGGAGAGCUUCAAGUCAGUUGUAACGCUGCUAAUUCAGUUUCUCGGCAUGUGGAACCWAGCAAAGCGAUCUUUGUUCUUSACAAACCAUGUCGAAAGCCAGUCGUUAAGAUUGAUGGUGUUGGUGAAUUUGGGAAUAAGAGCAGUACAAGAAAUGAAACACGAAAGGAAACAGUUAUCAUCUUCACACAAAAUAUCAUCGAUUGCGAAGCUUCAAGAGCGACUAUUUUCCAGUGGAAUGUUUCUCAGUACCAUGGUCCAGGAAAUUUUUCACRACUGUACCAUCCUUCCUGGAAAGUAAAUACCUCCAAGUUAAUUAUYACCAAUGGCACGCUUCCUUUAGGAACUAUUCGUGUUGACUUUGCGUUGAGAAUGGUUCACGAAAUUACUGGCAAUGUCAUGGGAGCUAGUACGGGUUUCUUCGAUGUUUUGCCGAGUGAUCUGGAGGUUAUUAUAGAUGGAGGUCAUUCGCGAAGUGAAGAGACUACGGUAGAAAGGAUUGUUUAUGCAAAUCUCUUUGAUCCAGACGCUGAACUUGGCGACGUGCAAAAUGAUGUAGAAUGGGUUUGGUUUACCAAGUCAGGACAUGUCAGUWCAUCGUAUUCUACUGGAAUCAGCGCCAAGGAAGCUGACAAUUGUUUUGGGUAUACAUUUGGAAAACUCCCGUUURUUGAUUCAUGGUUUCGCUAUGACGCUAGUAAUAUUCCUCCAAACACCAAAUGUUUUCUAAAAGCCGUUGCAUCCAGAGGAGACAGAACUGCAAUUUUUGAACAACAAGUGGAAUUUUUAGAAGGACCACUUCCYAACCCUAAGAUAUCGUGUAAAGUGAAUUGUGAUCACUUCAAUCCAUCGGGUAUCAUAUCAUUCGAGGGUCAUGUUGAUAACUUCAAUAUAAGCGAUCUAUAUAUGGAAUGGUCUGUAGUAUCUGAAGGAGCAGAUAUGGAUAUCACCGACAAAACAUUGACUGGCACUAGCCAUGGUAGUUUUGCUUUCAAAAGUGGAGCUCUUGAAGGAGGGAAAUUGUAUGAAAUAAUUUUCCGGGCAUGGGUACGAGGAAAAAAACAUUCCAAGGGAUACGUUUCAAUGAAAUUCACGACUAACAGAAGUCCUCGUGAUGGUCAAUGUUCUAUCUCACCUGAAAGUGGUUCUGCGGUUAUUACUCCAUUCUUUAUUGACUGUUAUGGAUGGAUAGAUGAAGAUCUUCUCGUCUACAAAGUUAUUCUUAAGUCCACAGUGGAUCAGUUUUUGUUUACAGGUCGACUACUGGAUMGUCCUUUUUUCUUUCCAUAUGCUAAAAGUGGUGAGGUUAACAUUGAGGUUAUGAUUCUUGACAUUCGAGGGGCUUAUAACAYAUCGAGACUAAAAGCAAAGGUCGAAUCGUCUGACGAGGUAUUGAUGGGUAUAACGGCUGCACUGGARUCCAACGGUCCGUUAUUGAAUAAUAUUCUGGGUGGCGAUACUCAAAUGGCUUCACAAAUGCUCAUAUCUGUCGCUUCAGUGGUUUUKRGUUCACAUCAUGAAGCUGGCAAUGAUACAGGCGCGUUGGAAGUUAUAAYAAAGCAAAUAGCGAUGUUCGUAGAUAUCGCCCAUGAGCUACCGUGUGACACGCCCGACGACGUUCUAUCCAUUUCUACUGCUGUCUCUGURAUAACUUCAGAUCCCCGUCUGCUGAAAUCGGAAGGACAGGUGCACGUUGCAUCCSUCAUCGACAAGAUGUUAAACACACUAAUGAAAAGCAGGAACUUAGCUGAUGUUCAAAUACUGCAGCUUGCUACAACCAACAUAGUUGCAGGAUUAGGGAAUGCAAUGAGAAGCUCUUCCAUGAAUGCAUCGGUCGCUAGUUCCUCCGAUGGUGUAACCCAGGCAAGGAAAUUAAGUCAAUCACUUAUGGAAUCGUUGAAGAAAUCGUUUGAUUUGUUGUUGUCUAGCGUAGUGAUGGGACAGAACUAUACAGAAAUUGGUACUCCUAACUUAGCGAUGCUAGCGGGUAUUAGACAGCUUGAUAAUCUUGCCAACGAACCGCUUAAACUUAAAGACAGCUCUUUCUCACUUCCUUCUAUGGAUGUAUUUCAGUCAUCUCUUUCUCUAUCGAAGGAUGAUCCACUUCGUUUACAGAUGUCCUAUACUUCCAACCCGUUUAUGUACAGUAAAUCUGCGUCAUYAGUGGGUACAGACGUCAUCUCUCUGAGCCUUGRCACUAAAAUAGGUCAAGAAUUAAAAGUUGAUUCACUGUCGACUGGAAUACACAUUACGAUAGAAAAYCAKGGAGAAGRUACCAGAAACCAGUYUUUCACCGUGAAGGCCAAUGAGAUAUCUAGACAUAAGAUGUUUGUAAGCACAAACGAUUCGUCUUUACAUGGUAUUAUACGACCUAUCAAUUGCAGUGUACCUAUCAAUGUGACAAUACAGAAAAAUGAAUAUAACUACAAAUGGAUGCUGCCUCGAAAUGACAGUCGUWCAGAUCAGUAUUCUUUYUUCAUAUCCAACGUACAAUUGAAUCGAACUGCUGCCGGCUCGUACUUCAUAUACAUACAACCUGGAAAUCAAGACCAAGUAAUGGAAAAUUGCACGGGUUAUCUUAACUACAGUAUGAAAACCUUCAUUGGAGCCUGUACUUACUGGGAUGAAGUUGAGGAGAUUUGGAAAGGAGAUAAUUGUGAGGUUAUGGAAGAGACGACAGAAAGAGGUGUACAUUGUCUGUGUAAUCAUCUGACAUCAUUUGGCGGUGGCUUUUUUGUUGCUCCUAACCCUAUCAAUUUUGAUACAGUAUUCCAAGGCUUAAGUGACAUUUCUAAUAACCCRGCAGUCUUGGCUUUUGUUUCGUCUAUAUUUGGUUUGUACAUACUCUUGGUUAUUUGGGCCAGAAGAGCUGAUUUGAAAGACGCUGCAAAGACUGGAAUCAUCGUUCUCCCUGAUAACGACCCUCGUGAUUCCAUAGCGUACGAAAUCACCGUGUAUACUGGGUUUAACCAGGAAGCCGGGACCACGGCAGAUGURUACUUGCAAUUACUGGGAUCAUCAGGUGAUAGUGACCCAAGGGUCCUUAAAGACCCUACCAGACCGACUCUUCAGAGAGCAGGAGUUGACAGAUUUUUAUUCACCGUUCCACAAUCGUUGGGUGAUCUUCGUGAGAUUCACAUUUGGCACAACAAUACAGGUAAAUCACCUGGUUGGUUUUUCUUCAGAAUGCAGAUCMGAGACUGUCAGACACAGAACAAGUGGUGGUUUGUGUGCAAUAAGUGGCUGGCUGUCGACGAAGACGAUGGAAAAGUUGAAAGAACAAUAAGGACAGCAACCAAUAGCGACCUUACCCAAUUCAAUGUUCUCUUUGUAAAUGCYACAAGAAGAAAUCUAUUUGAUGGUCAUCUAUGGUUGUCAGUGUACACAAGACCAGUACAGAGUACAUUUACCCGUGUCCAGCGCCUGUCYUGUUGUCUGUCCGUCCUGUGUUGUACAAUGCUGACCAAUGCCAUGUUCUUUCAAGGCGGUGGUGGUAUUUCUCAGGACACGACUUUCAGCCUUGGUCCCUUUCAAUUCAGUUGGAGUCUUAUUAUGAUAGGGGUACAAAGUAGUGUAAUCAUCAUGCCUGUCAACGUUCUUCUGGUUACUAUCUUUCGCAAACUUGCACCAAAAGAAAACAAGGAGAAAAAAUAUGAAGUUAYGUCAUUUGACCAACCUAAGGCUGAAGCAGAAGAGAAGACAAAUUAUGAGGAGGACGAGGAGAAAGACGAGGACUCUCCACCCAAGAAUGGUCUCUUUGGUUUUUUCUCAAAGAAGAAAUCCAAGGAUCCCCCAAAAAAGKUYUUGUUUCCAUACUGGUUCAUUUAUGUUGCUUAUGGUUUGUGUUUUAUGAGCACUCUAGUCAGUGCCACKUUUACUGUUUUUUACGGAAUUAUGUUUGGCAAAGACAAGUCUGAGCAAUGGCUGUCAGCUAUGGUUAUAUCGUUGUUCCAAUCUAUUGUGGUUAUCCAGCCUGCCAAGGUCCUUAUGCUUGCUACCUUCUUUGCGCUUAUUAUAAAAGACCCAAAUAAGGAAGAAGAGGAAUUGGACGAARAUAAGACCCUGGAUGAUAAUCACACAGGAUCAUUAUUGAAUGACGAUGAAGUCACCUCCUUAAAGAAGGCUUUAUUUAGUAAACCUCCUGCUGAAGAAAAACUGCAACAAGCACGUGCUCUUCGUCUGAAAGAGAAGCAGAUGUCAGCCAUUAUUCAUGAGAUUGUCUUACAUUUCCUGGUCGUGAUUCUAGUGUUAUUUGUUGCUUUCGCUAAUCAUGAUAAUAAGAGCUUUAUGUUCAGUAAUCAAGUCACUCACCUUCUCACAAAUGGAAACAGACCAUUUCAUAAAAUAACAAACUACGAUAAGUUCUGGCAAUGGGCGGAAUCAGUGUUGUUACCCAAUAUGUAUCCUGUGGAUUCCCGCUUAGGAUAUCCAUAUAUGGACAUCAUGCACAAUGGAAAGGGAACCAAUAUUGUGGGAGUUGGCCGAUUGCGUCAGCUUAGAAACAAAAAACAUACCUGCGAGGUACCAACGGUUUUCAAAGUAGACAUUAAUGAAUGUAACGACGAGUACUCGUGGUUAAAUGAAGAAACGAAGAGCUUCAAUCCAAGAUGGAAACCUUACAAUGAUACCAUUGUCUCUUCGCCUGAGCAGCAUAAACCUUGGAAGUAUAGAAGCUCUUGGGACCUCAAGGGGUUUCCAUACUUUGGUAAAAUGGGUACAUAUCGUGGAGGAGGAUAUGUUGUGGAUCURGGUCCAACGAACAAAACUGUCUUUGAYAAUGUUAAGACAUUGUGGAAAGACAAUUGGAUCGAUCCGUAUACUCGUGGCAUCUUUACCGAGCUGAAUGUUUACAAUGUUGAUAUAAACUUACUGUGUGUGAUCACGUUAUUGUACGAGUUUUUACCCAGCACCGGUGGUGUUUACAGCAUUAACAUCCAAACCAUUAAACUGUUCCGUUAUCUCAGUGGUCUUUCAAAGGCAGUGAUGGGAUUUGAAAUAAUUUUCCUAUUUCUAACRUUCUACUGGAUUUAUCGUGACUGCAAAAAAAUUGUCAAACAGCGCCCUCGACAAUAUUUUAAGAGCGUCUGGAACGUUGUCGAUUCAGUCAUCACCUUAUUAUCAAUCACUGCAAUUGUAAUCUACUUUGCCCGUCUCUUUGCUAUUUCCGUUGCCAUUAACCAGUUCCAUGAAGAUCGAGAUCGCUUUGUCAAUUUCCAGUACGUUGUCACUUUAAAUGAAGUACUGAACGCUUUAACUGCAUUCAUUGUCCUGCUCUGUACUCUGAAGUUCCUUCGUCUUCUGCGAUUUAACCGAAAGGUUUCUAUGUUUUCAGACACACUACGACAUUCAGCGAACACACUUUUCACGUUUGUCGUCAUGAUAAUCAUGAUCGUGUUGGYAUUUUGUUUWUUAUCGAACUUARURUUUGGACAAACCCAAGAAGAGUAUCGAACCAUCAUCCGUUCAGCGGUGUCUUUAUUCAGCAUGAUGCUAGGAGACUUCAAUUAUCAUAUUAUGGAAGAAGGCCAUCGCAUAAUAGGCCCACUUUUGUUCUUUACUUUCAUGGUGUCUGUCCAAUUUAUCCUUGUSAACUUGUUCAUUGGAAUUCUCUGUGAUAGUUUUAACACAGUACGAUCAGAUUCCAGCAGGCAAUCAAAUGAAUAUGAGAUUGUGGACUUCAUAUUGGGAAGAGUAAAAUCAUUGGUGGGAAUWGUCUCCAAACCCCCCAUUCUUCCUGAGUACAAAUGGCCAAAAGACGUCCUGGACAAACAAGUAGAGAGUAUMAAUGACAAGUCAGACGCGAUAAUGAACUAUAUGAGGACACUAGGCGACGAAGAUCUUCGGACGUCAAUUUGGAUCGAAUCCAGCAACAGCGAAAAGGUUAAUCAAGUGAUACGGUUUGCUGUGAAGACCAAUGACUUGAACCUGGAAGACGAAUUCUUUGAUGGUGUUCCUGUCCUUAUCAACUAUGUGAAUUCUACGCCUGAAAAAGAGUUUACUAAAUUCAUCAAAGCUGGAUCGUUGAUGAGUGGGAUAGACUCUAGACCCAGCGAGUAUAACUAUACGUACUCUGAGCGUGGUACAUCUAUAGGAGAGAGUGAUACAUUGUCCACUGUAAGUGAAGRGGAGCUGAAUGAAGAAGAGAACGAAGUAUUUACUGAUGCUAACAGUAGCCCAACACCAAGGCCGCGUUCAGCUAUAAUCUCAAUCAUUGGGAAGAUCAAAGAAAGCUUUUCUGGGAGAAAUUCUCAAAUUAGUGAUGCUCAGGGUGAAAAUGAAGACAAUUUGCCAAAACAGAUUUCCACAGACGAAGGCAAUGAAGUCACAUUAGGAAGGAGCUCAGAAAUCGGUCUCCUCUUUGCUGGGAGUAGACAAAGCUCAUUAGAAAUGGAUGCACAAGAUGAAGAUAAUAUGUCAAGAAAAGUCUCAAUAGCAAGUAGUGUUGAAGACGACGAAGGCAGUGAAACUGCAUCAGGAAGGGGAUCGACAAUCAGCAUCCUUGUUGGUGAAACAGAAGAACGUCCAUCAGAAACAGAUGAUCAAAGUACUGAUGUACAAGGUGAAAUGGAAGAUGACAGGUCAAGAAAGGUUUCCUCAGAUUUUGGGUUUGUGAGAGAAGGCAGUACAGCUUCAUCAGGAAUGGGAUCAGUAAUCAACAUCCUUGUUGGUGAAAGAGAACAACGUUCACCAGAAGGCGGUGACCAUUUUAAUGAUGUCCAAAAUAUAAUAGAGGAGGACAUGUCGGGAAAGGUUUCCACGGCCAGUGGUUUUCAGAAAGAAAGCGGCGAGCCGACCACAUCAAGAAGUCCUUCACUACUGAGUGUGUUUUUGAACAGGAGCAAAGUAGCCCCAUCGAGAAGCUCUGCAAGCAGUGUAUUUGACAUUAAAGAUGAGAAUAUUUCAAGUUAUUCAAUCAAUGAUGGCGAAAACAUGAGGAARGAAAGUCCAUCUGACAGCGGAGAUCUAACUCUUGACGACCUACGCUUCUGUGAUGAUGAUAAGUCGACUUUCAGCAAUCGAUCCGUACCAUAAUCAAGACUCUUGCAUGCUGAUAGAUGACAAAAGCUGCAUGUCUAGCUUGYAUAUGUGUGUCAGUCUCUUAUAUAUAUCUUAGUUUUCACUGCAGGGGAAGUUUUAUCAACCCCAUAAUAUGGUGAGGAGAUUUAUAGCAUGKAAUCUAGUUUUGUUUAUUUCCACAUACAGCAUUUCUUGACAAGGUUGUCGUGUACCAAUUGCCAGUAAAUUAUAAACUAUUUACUUUCAGCGUUAAUCAAUUUCUUGUCGAUUUUGUUACUUACUCGAGAUUUUAAAACUUUUCCAGUAAUUGUGUGACUGGUAUAUUAUGGUUUGUUUAUUCGUAGUGAAAUGCAUAAUCAUUAUCUUUACCUAAAUUUGUGUUAAACACCGUAAAAAAUAUAAUUGUUUGAGAAGCUAUCACAGCUGUUUCAUUAGAGACAAGGACACAGCUAACUUACCUUGAGUUGUGUUAAAGAAAUACAGGAAGCAGACGAAGCUUUGAAGUAAUGGUCCGAGUAAGAACUAGCGAAGCAAACGGCAAUGGAAUGCAAGGUGCUAAUUGUGUAUUGUAUAA